AUGAAGUCUCAAGACCCAAAAGUACCACCUUCCACUUGGAAUCUCAGAAAACGACGAGCAUCCGAGUCAGCUGAGGGCGAAAAAGAUCGUGCGGUCGUAAAGGCAAAAGUUUGGGUUAGAAAAAGCGGAGCCAUCACAGCCACCAGGAUUCAAAGUACGGAGAAUCUGGAACUUGCAGCUUCACCCCAUGACCAACUUCAAUCAGAACACGAGGGACGAGCAGACGGGACAGGUGCGGCCGGUGAUAAUGAUGAGGAUAUGUCCCUUCAAGACCUUCGUAAAAAGAUGAAGCCCUUCAAAAUCGUAGGAUCUAAGACUGACACCGCUCGGCGGGUCGCAAAUCUACCACAACGGCCUGAUAAAUCUGUUGUGCAAGGUCGAGUUAGCGUCGUACAGCCUGCGAAUAAAUCCAAGAAGAGAUGCGUCCGGAGGAUCGUUGAUUCUGAAGAUGACGAGGAAUCCGCAUCGGGUGAUUUUCAUUUCGAUUCUUGCUCACAUGUUCCAAAUAACGCUAGAGGGACUGGGAUACCUCCUAACCCUGUCAUACCUGUGGCUGGGAGCGUGGCCCGGCGUAAUUUAUAUCCUCCUGUCGAAUUUCCGAGUCGUGAAAGAGGCACAGCCUUGCCGCGCCCCAGACCUACUGACCUGACGGCCAAAGACAAAGGAAAGCAACGAGCGGUUACGGAUUCUGGAAGCGAGUUCGAUCCUCAAGAAAACGAAUUUGAGGAUCGUUCUGAGGACGAGAAUUUCGAGCAAAUGGAUACUGACAGAGACUCACGUGGCCCUGAGUCUCCCACAUCACAAGCUGAUUCUGUCGCGAGCAAGAAGGUGUCCGGAGAAAUUGACGAUAUCAUGGAAGAUAUUGGCAUAUCUGAUAUAGAUCCUGACCCUUUCAACGAUGACAAUGAGAUGUCUGAUCACCCAGAUUGCCACGACUGUAACAGGAACAUGAAGCAGAUGAAGAACGCAAUCAGAAAAACGAACCAGAAUGUUUCUCAGAUAGGCCACGUUGUCCGCAACAUCGCCAGAGUUAUGAAGAAGAUGGAGGCUAAUAAAGGUUCCACUGGAGGGACUCGGGAUGGAAAGAAGGCAAAAAAACCAUUGGAUUUGGAUGACGUUGGCGAAGCGGAAAACCUUGAGGGAGGCGAGAGGGAUCCACAUUAUCCCUACCGAGGCGGACCUGGCGGCGCAGACGCUAAUCCUCAAGUCUUGCUUAUCAUGUGGAAGAUGAUGAGAAGCGUAGGGGUACAAUCAUUCCGACCGAUCUGGGAGAAUCAAAUGAGCUCUCCGGAGAACAAGUUCUUGUGGCAACUAGCUACCGCCAUAUUUAUUCGAUUGGUACAAUGCGGCGAAUACGAUGACGUUACGAAGUCAGAAGCGAAGUCUUCUGUAGUUUACAAUGCUAUCACAUUGCACGCCAGGCAAAGAAUUCAACGCGUCUUUCGUGAAUACACCACCAUGUCAGGUGCUGAACUGCAAGCCCGUGAAAAGCUUGGAGUGCGGAGAGGUAGACUGAAUGUUUGGAAGAAGCGAAGAUGUAACACUGCUACAUCUUUGACCAAUAUGUGGUCGUUAUGUCCGCUCAUCAAGGCAGCUUCGAGUGACGAUGAGACCGACGAUGAGGAGGAUUUUUCUACCGAAGCAAAGAAGCGCUGCAGGGUCUUGCGGCUCCCCUGGCGAAGUGCGGCUCUAGAAAAACUUUUAGUGCAAUUAGAUCAAUACCAAGAGCGAAAGAAAAAAGAAAGUCCCAAGGGGGUAUCCGGAGCAAAACCUCGAGUCAGGAUACGUGAAAAGGGAGAGGAUAGGAAGGAAAGUAUGAUACCUGCUCCAGCCGGACUAAGUAUUGAUUGUUACUCUGAAGAGUGGCUUUCCACUCUGGAUGCCAGCGAGAUUGAAUUGCUGGAGAUUGACCCUGUACCAAAAUUGAAGCCCCUACAAAAACAAGCCAGAAUCUUGGGGUUGUGA